CUGCCAACAACUUGCCCAUCCUUCAAUUUUCUUUCUGUAAUCCCUUCGCCCCGCUCUCUGCUCUCUAAUAGUUCUUGCCAUCAGAGCCGAGCAAUGGCGUUCGCAUCAGUGCCAGAGUCUGCAAAAGCGACCCUAAAGCCCUUCAAGGUUGCCAUACCAGAGGACCAAAUUGAAGAGCUUCACAGUCUUAUUCAAGCAGCAAAGCUUGCUCCUCGUACUUACGAAUCUUCACAACAAAAUCGGCAGUAUGGCGUAACGUAUGAUUGGAUGAAGACAACAAAGUCUACCUGGUUAAAUGAUUUUGAUUGGCGCAAACAUGAAAAACGAAUCAAUUCCUUCCCGCACUUUAUCCUACCCGUCAAAAAUGAAGACGGGAACAAAUAUGACAUACAUUUCGUUGCAUUGUUUUCGAAGAAGAAAGACGCUGUUCCGCUCAUGUUGCUGCACGGAUGGCCAGGGAGCUUUCUCGAGUUUUUGCCAUUGCUACAAGAGCUUCAGAGCAAGUAUACUCCCGAGACGCUGCCAUAUCACGUUAUUGUGCCAUCCCUUCCGGGAUAUGCAUUUUCCUCACGACCGCCACUGGAGAAGAACUUCGCACUCAAAGAUGCAUCCUACCUAUUGAACGAGGUCAUGCUUUCCUUGGGGUUUGGUGACGGUUAUGUUGUCCAAGGAGGUGAUAUCGGAAGCAGACUUUCACGUGUCAUGUCUGUCUUAUACCCCAGCUGCAAGGCUGUCCAUUUAAAUUACUGCAGAGUCAUUGAUCCGCCAAACCCUCAAGUCGAAAAUGAACUGGACGACAUUGAGCGUGAGGGGAUUGAGAGACACCGAGCCUUCAAGCGGAGCGGCGCUGCCUACGCUCUGGAGCACGGCACCAGGACGAGUACUAUCGGUUUUGUGCUGUCGAGCAGUCCUCUUGCCCUUCUAGCCUGGAUUGGAGAAAAAUUCCUAGAAUGGACAGAUGAAGAUCCGCCGCUGGAGACUAUCCUCGAAUCUAUCACCCUUUACUGGUUGACCGAGACGUUUCCCACGGCAAUCUAUCCUUACCGUGAGUCCCAGGAUCUCAACGCUGUCGACACCCAUGCAAAUCCACAGUGGCACAUCAAGAAGCCCUUUGGAUUCAGCUAUUUCCCGCGAGAGAUUACUCCGUCGCCGCGAAGCUGGAUCGCGCAGACGGGAAAUCUGGUCUUUUUCAGACGCCAUUCAAAGGGGGGACAUUUUGCAGCACUUGAGCAACCGAAAGUCAUGCUUCAAGAUAUUGAAGACUUUAUUGCCCAGGUCUGGUCAGGGCGCGAGUAGCUCAAGUCAAAAUUUCACACGCUCAAGCAUUAGCUCUUGAAUUGCUAUAGAGCAAAGGGGCAGCGAGCUCAUAAAACGUCGAGAAUUAAUCUGCGGUAUGACUGAUGCAUUACAGUGCCACACAACUCUAACUUGUCACGAAAAAUAUUACAUAUGCAACAUGACU